CCGGGAGCUAGUACGUCUCUUAGAAGUGUACCAGCCGUCGCCAUUGGGUAACGUGAAAUCGGAAGUCCGGGAAAUGCGACUCGGAACGUCAGUUUGGCCUUUGGUGGUGCUGGCAUGCGCCCUAGGAUCAAUGCCACCACAGGUGACAGGUGCUCAGCAUGUCGAUAUAUUCCAGCAAUUCCGUGACGGAAGCUACCGAGAGCACGAACGCGCCAGAGCGGGUCUGAAUGGAUCCGAAGAAGAGCUAGAUGACAUCAGGACCGAAGCACCGACGAGCUGCGUUGAAGAUGUUCUGCCAUCCGAUCCGCUGGAACUACACGAAAAGCUCGAACAGGAACUCGAACCACCACCGGUGAAACCGCAGAAUCUGCCCCUUCCUGAUCUGCGCGAUCUAUUCAGUCAACUCACGUCGGGUCUGUUUGGAGCUAACUUGUUCCGGAUCGGUAAUCACGUGCGUGCUCUACUGACCGGCAUUAAAGGACGCGUCCAUUCAUACGUCAAUGACACCAUCGCUAAGCUCGAACAUCAGCGACAUCGUGCGAUGACUUCGAUGCGCCACAAGAUGACGGAACUGAACGACCAAAUUCAGCAGCGCUUUAGUGACGAAUUUGUCGAGUAUCGGGACGUCUGCUUACCAGACGAAGACCAAUGCAUGCGGCUUUUGCACACCCAGAUCGAGCAGUACGAGCAUCGGUUACGGGCUAACGUUGAUCAGUGCCAUGACCGGUUGGCGGAGGCAUUAGCUCGCCAGCGUCAGGAUAUGGCCAAAGCGCAGCAACAGCUACAGGACGGUUCGCUACGCAAGCUGGAAGGAUGUCUUGACCCGGAUGCCGGAAUUGGACGGAGUUUGCUCGCGUGUACCGGUGGUGCGAUGGCUAACCUGGGGAAAUUGAUCACUGGUGCGCUGGAAACGUUCACCAGCAAGAUGAGUCAACUGUCGGGAUCCUUCGCACGGCGAGUGGACAAGUACGAUCAGUGUGUGGUCAAACGGCGCAAGCUGCUACAACAGAACGAACGUGAGCUGUCAGCGAUGGUUAAGGGUUGCUUCGAGCGACAACGUUCGAAACCGGACGAGUUCUUCUGAACAUUGGGUUUGGUAGUAUCGAAUAAAGAAGGCAACUUCCGUUAUUACGACGAGCCCUUUUGCAAUCA